GUCUGCAGUGGCUUCCAGAGAUUUUCUGGACAUCUACAUCAUGGAUUUGUCCGGCUCCAACGAGACGGUGGGGUUGGUGGAAUCUACCUGCGGCCUCGCGGCUCUAGCAGUGAUGUUGCCCUGCGGCGUGCUGACGGACCGCUUUCCUCGGCGCCAGCUCCUCCGUGGGCGUGCUGCGGCGAAGACUUUGCCCACGUUGUUGACACUCUGGGCGGUGUAUUCCCGGAGCCUGAGACUGCUUUGGAGCUCGUUGGUUCUCUUGGUGCUGGUGAACAAUCCUCAGGACCAGGUGCUCCAGGUUUUCCUAGUUGACAACACGUCCCCAACGGAGCGAACACGAAUUUUGAGCCGCAAGGAGAUGGUGACAUGGUUGGGCACUGCCCUAGGGCCUCUGGUGGCCCUUACAUUGGUCACUCUGGUCAGCGAGCAUGGCGCAUGGUCCAUGAGCCUGGUUGAAACUGUGGUGUGUGUGGGCUUGUUGGGAUCUGUGCUGGUCGAGCCCGUGAUAUUCUUCCUUCGAAACCCGUCUUUGGACAUGCGCCUGGCUGCUGAGUCGACCGAAGCAUCAGCCCUGCCUGACUGGACGCAGGGCAAAGCCUGUGGAGUGCGGAAGAGGUGGCUGAUUCCCAUAUGGACCGAUAUCAUGUGGGCCCUAACACAGAUAGCUGCAUCCGUGAGCUUGAGGUAUGUCCCCCUCUUUUUCCGACAAGACUUCGGUCUCAGUCCUUCAUGGCUCAUGGCGCUGCGCUUUGCUGAAAACAUCUCCCUGGCGGCGCUGAACCUUGCCACGCCGAAAAUUGCGUCAAAGUUGGGACGCGCAUGGGCAGCUGUGCUCUUCAUAUCAAGUGGUGGGAUUCUCAUGAUAGGUGUGGCAUGUGCACACCAAGUCUGGCUGGCUGCUCUCCUGUUCGUGCUGCGAACAACAAUGAGCAGAGCAAACGUCCCCUGUGUGCAAUCCAUCAUUUUCGAGUCGGUGUUGCCCGAGCAUCGCGGCCGUUGGACUGCCAUCACAUCUUUCAAGUCGGCAACGAACGGCGCUGGAGCUUGGAUCGGAGGCGUCCUUGCCGAUCGCACCGGCGACUACCGGGCGAGCUUCCUUGCGACCGGGUGCAUCCACGUCGCAUGCGCUGCCGUGUUCAUCCCUGUGGCGUGCAUGGUGCCCACAUAG